AUGAAGCUGAACGAGCGGAGCGUGGCCCACUACGCCACCUGUGACUCGCCUGCUGACCAUGCCGGCUUCCUCCGCAAGCGGGUGGAGCGGCACCACCACCAUGCCCACCACCACAACACCUCCUACCAGCGCCGCUGGUUUGUCCUUAAGGGCAACCUCCUCUUCUACUUCGAGGAGCGGGAGAGCCGGGAGCCCGUGGGGCUGGUGGUGCUGGAGGGCUGCACCGUGGAGCUGUGCGAGGCCGCCGAGGAGUUCGCCUUUGCCAUCCGCUUUGAUGAUGCCGGCGCCAGGGCUUACGUGCUGGUGGCUGACGGGGGGGCUGCCACGGGGGAAGAGUGA